UGGAUUUGGUAUGACAUUCCUUUUUUCACUGCUACACACAAACACCAAUAUGCUUGCGAAUAUCAGAGUGUAAUUCGCCAGCUGCGGAGGGAGAACCUCACUCUCGUACAAUCUCUUCGCAAGCGCAAGAGCGGGGGACUGACAGGAACGCAAGCAGCUACGGCUGCGCUUAUCUUCAACCCCUUACGGCCAUGCUCCUCGGCUGUCAACCUUACGGCUGGCAUUGAAACGGCGGCAAGUAGUAGUAAGCACCAAUCCCUCAUAAGCUCAGGAGAGCUGCUUGUUGUCCGCUCUGCAAAUGUCGGAGGUGAUAUUUCUCCUGCACCAAGCACAUCUAGCGAAAAUUGCGAUGCUGAAGUCGAUGGCGCUGGUAGCCAUGGUGAAUCAGCUACACCUGCCGCAUCUAAUGGAGCUAUCUCAGACGCCAUUAGCGAAGAAGAGGAAGAUGUUUCUAAGAUUAAAGAAGGAUCACACAUUCAUAGACGUGCUAAACCAGAGAAAGAGGUUUUGAAAUCUAUUGAGGGGAACCUUCCUGGUGAUCAUUGUGCUUUUUCAUUCUCUAUUGGCAUAACUCCCGUGUCGCCUGUCUGUUCACUAGUCGAUGCUGCCCAGCCGGCCGUCACGGCCUACUCUGCUUCAGAUCAGAUUGUAUCAUCUAUUCUCCCAACUCCCUACGAUGAAAAAUACGACAUUAAUUCUUUAACAAGAAAAUCAGCCCUAUCUGGACGCUCAGUUUCACCAGCUCAAUCCGUCGGUUCUUCAGCAUCGUCUCGAUCUGUCGUAUCUCUGGCUUCCUCUAGAUCUUCCAAGUCACAUUCUCAGCUCCAUCCAAUUGCAGCGGUGUCUUCUACUGAAGGGCAUCUAGUCUGCAGUUCGGACAGUGACGAUUGUGCCGAGGCCCAAGGAGAGAGUGAGCAGGAGGCUGAGGCGAGUGGGGUGCUGGUACUUUCAACCAAGUCUACUGGUGAUUCGAAAAGGAUUCUAAUGGCUUCACAACCACAGUUUUCACCCUAG